GUGUGUGUAUUUUUUUUUUUCUGUUGUUGUAUUUUCAAGACAGAAAAGAACUUGUAUACAAUUUAAGUGUUCUACCAUUUGGCGUUGUGAGUGAAGAUGAUCACUGCAGAAAAUUGGUGGAAGAGAUUCGCUCAAAAUCAUGAAAACCUAAAGCAUUCAAUCGCAGGCGCAGGCGCUGGCAUUGUUUCUUCAAUAGUUACUUGUCCCUUGGAUGUAGCCAAGACAAGACUACAGAAUCAAGGGGUCACACUGCCUGGUGAAAAAAUAUACAAGGGAACAGUAGGCACCUUGUCUAGAAUAUGGCACGAAGAAGGAAUAAGAGGAUUGUAUAGAGGAUUGGGCCCAACCAUUUUAGGUUACUUGCCUACCUGGGCGAUCUAUUUUACUGCCUAUGACUAUUGCAAGAGCCAAUGGGCCAACGAAAUAGGAAAUGAAAAAGAAUGGCUAUUACACAUCAUAUCAGCGAUGUCAGCAGGGGCACUCUCGACAACUCUUACAAAUCCUCUAUGGGUUAUCAAGACUAGAUUGAUGACGCAAAGUGAACGUACGUCAUAUAGAUAUAAUAACACAAUACAUGCAUUUGCAACAAUCGCAAAAGAAGAAGGAUUUAGAGGAUUCUAUAAGGGUUUAGGACCAUCUCUUAUUGGAAUCAGUCAUGUCGCCGUCCAGUUUCCCCUGUAUGAGAAACUAAAGGUUGUUCUUCACGUCGACCGAGAUUCAUCUUCUUAUGGAUCAACUUCUAUUUUAUUAGCAUCUGCACUAUCAAAGAUGUCAGCGAGUCUUGCAACUUAUCCACAUGAAGUGAUUCGAACAAGGUUACAGAACCAAACUAGAAAGCCUUAUAAAUAUAAGGGCAUCCUUCAUGCCAUCAAGAUCAUGUCAAAAGAAGAGGGCCUAAGUGGAUUCUAUAAAGGCCUAACGACAAAUCUGCUAAGAACAGUUCCUUCUUCAGCAAUGACUAUUCUUACUUAUGAAUUGAUAGUAAGAAAGCUUGAUGACUGGAAAAACUUGUAAAUACCCUUCUCUUAUUUCAGUUAUGCUUACGACGU